ACCACCAUUCAUUCAUUUUAGUGUCAUACCGAACAACAUGCUAAUGUGUAACUACAUUGUAUUGUGUGCCGUGUCCUUGAACGUUGUUAACGGAAUAACGGUUCACACAAACGUAGGGAACAUUUCCGGCGUAGAAGAGACGGUAACAAUAAACAACACUUCAUUUACAUUCGCUAAAUUUCUAGGUAUACCGUACGGGGAAUCUACCGGCGGUGCGAACAGAUUUCGGAAGCCCAUCCCAAAGGCGCCCUUCAACGAAACGUUUGACGCAACACAGCCGCCUGUUGGGUGUAUUCAAGGUCUUCGCGCGAGCGAGGAGGCGUACCGGAACUUGGGUUUGGCGUUCUCGGAGGACUGCUUGAUGCUCAAUGUAUAUGUUCCUCAAGCGUUUCAAAGACCGCGAUCGCUCCCGGUGAUGGUGUGGAUCUACGGAGGCGGCUUUCUCGAAGGAGGUAGCCUUCCAUACCCCGCAGAAGGGCUUAGCGCGUUUGGUCAAGUGAUAGUUGUGACGAUCAACUACCGUGUCGGUGCAUUAGGAUUCCUGCGAACACGCGAUGGGCGAAUUCCCGGAAACCUUGGUCUAUGGGACCAGCAUUUGGCUAUAAAAUGGGUUCACGACAAUAUCGAGGCUUUCGGUGGAGACCGUCAUCUUGUGACGCUGUUCGGUGAAUCUGCCGGAGCAGCCUCAGUUUCACUUCAAGCAUUGUAUCCCGGCAACAGGGGCCUAUUCAGACGCGUCAUUGCAGAGAGUGGCACUGCGUUAGCAUACUGGUCGGUAAAUACCGAACAGGAUACCGACAUACAACCGUUUAUCUCAAUGAUCGGAUGUGAUGUCAACGCAAUAAACGUCUACACCUGUUUGCGCGCACUGCCAGCUAAACAGUUGCAAAUCAGUACGACAUCAAAUGCCGUUACAAAAAUAUUACAUCCCGUAGUUGAUGGCGAUUUCCUUGCGAAUGCUCCCCACAAUAUCAUAUUUGGGAACGACUCAAAAUCUAGCGAGUCGCGUGACUUCUUCGCGUCUCUAGAUUACAUGACUGGAGUAAAUAGCUACGAGGCAGCAUCCUAUAUUGUUGGUGUGUGGCCGAAUAUUUUGGAUAUCACGGAUUUCAACAACUUCACUUUAUCCAGGGAGACUUUUACAAAGACCGCUGUCUCUUACGCAUUGCAAAACCUAUUUGGGAUCAAGAAUAAUGCAACAGUUGACGUUUUAAGGAAGUUGGUAAGCUUUGCAUAUAUUGAUUGGGAACAUAAUGAUGAACCAGACGUCAACACUAAAGCACUAAUAGAUUUUACCAAUGAUUUCACGUUCUUCUACCCUGCCAUCUUGUCUUUAGUUGGUCACAUGGAAAUCAAAGCUGCGCGCGCAUCAACGUACAUGUACGAGUUCGGCGUCGUUCCCAGCAGCCAUUCUUUCCUGAAAUCUACAUGGAUCAAAGACCCCAGCCGUGUCAUUCCAGUCCCUAUACCCACGCCGACAUGGGUCAAGGGGCCGAACCACGCCGACGAAUUGAGGUACGUGUUCGGAAUCCCGGUAUACGAAACUUACAGGUUGGAUAACACUACACCCGACGACAUCAUGAUCUCCAAAGCAAUCAUGACCAUGUGGACAAACUUUGCCAAGACGGGCAAUCCAAACACACCGGCAUCGGCCGCUAACUUUAUGCCGUCUCAGGAAGAUUGGUCCCAGUUUGACAUCGACUCACAACAGUAUAUGUACAUGAGCAACCAAGAGUUUUCUAUGAGAUCCCAUUUCCGGGCCCGUCGAAUGGCGCUGUGGGGUAAACUCGUGUCGUACAUAAGACGGAAUAGCUACGUAUGUGACCAGUGUACGGGGAAUCAGGGCUUACCAAUACCACCGUUGUCUUCUGUUUUAUUUGGUUAAUGCAAAGGUUUAUCAAUGAACAUAUACUUGAUAGAUCGUUGGUUGUUUUUUGGUGUUUGGCAUUGUUUUAUAAAAAUAAAUUUAACCAACUAUU